AUGGUUAAAAACGAGACAACAAUGGAUAAAGGGUCGCUAGAAGGUCCUGUGAAAAUAUCCGAACCAUUGAUUACUGUUCCUAACCCAAGAGCAUUUCAAAGAGAACAUCGCGCUGCACAAGUUACUGUUCCCACGGUAUCUGGACAAUCAAACUACAAUCAUUUAAUUAAUAUUCCGGAAAAUGUGAAUUCUACUCGUCAAACAACAGUUCCUUCGGUUUCGGAACAAUCGAAAUAUGUUCAAUUACUUAAUGUUAUUGAGGAACUAGGCCGAGAUAUUCGUCCUUCAUAUGCUGGCAGUCGAUCAUCUGCCGAACGUGUAAAACGUGGACUCAUUCAUGCUCGUAUUCUAGUCAAAGAAUGUCUCAUUGAAGCCGAAAAAAGUGCUCGCCAAUAA